GAGGAUCACAUUCGAUCCUCCCUAUUGGACUGCACAAUGGCAGUGGCCUGUGAUCAUCCCUCAGUCAAUAUUGCUGCACGACCGCACGAAGCUCAAGGACCGCUCACUGCGCCGAUACCCGCGCUUGCGCCAGUAACGAGCACGGUCUUGCCGACGAGACGAGAGGCGUUGAAGACAGACAUCCUGCGCGACGAUAGUAUGGCUUUCCCAAGGAUCUGUCUAUGUAUCGCCAGAGCCCGCGGAAGGAAGGGGAGCCGUGCGAUGACUGGGAAGUGCUAUCGAUCAGCCGGGGCGCGCAUGUGCCCCUCUCUUUCGCCCUCACCGUGCAUUAUCCCGUCAUCUAUCUUAAGACUGUCGACACACUGGUGGUCCCUGGCCAGAGAUACAGGAAGGUGUUUCACACGGAGUGGCUAGACGAAGAGAAGGAUGGGCGAUACGGACGACCGCACGAGCGACCCGGCUCGCUGGGCUCGCUUAUUGCACUGGCUAAAGAGCAGCCAUGGCAUGGACACUCGUGCGCUCGCAGUUGAGGCUAGGAGCGUGGCAGGUGCGUGCAUCGGACAUGGUGCUCAGCGUGCGCCCUCCACCAUUUUGUUCAUCAUACCGAAGAACGCAUUGACGAACUUGAACACUCUGAAAUCACUAUACCCACAAGCCGCAGAAACUCGACUCAGCGCCGUACAGAUCAUCUCUUUGCAUCUCUUACUGCAUAGGCCUGUAGGAGAAGAGGAUUCCCUCGAUGCGACGUUCGGGCCUUACAUCUCAACGCUUCCCCGAAGCUUUGAUAGCCACCCACUCACCUGGCUCGUGCAGAGAUCUCGCAAAGGUAGGAUGACGACAGAGGAGCUGAUCUUGAAGAACCUUCCACCCAGUGUGACCGACACUCUGCACACAUUGUAUGCCCGGUUUCUGGAAGACUACCAGACAAUAUGCCUGUACCUUAAUCGCAAUCGCGCAGUGCUCGACAAUGCAAGUCGCGCAAAGUCACACUUGCCUAUGCCCUACGGAACGUGCACAUCCACAACACUUGUGAGUGAUUAUUGCUGGGCCUGGCUCAAUGUGAACACACGAUCCAUAUACUACCCGAUAAAAGAUGCAGAUCCUGAAAAGGACUGCUUGACGUUGUGCCCGAUCCUUGACUUCGCCAACCACAACGAGGCAUCCUCGCAGAUCUUACCAAUACUAGAACCAUCGCCUCGGUCACCUGGGUCGCACAAGCACUCCGGAGACUUCGAAUUCAGGUCUUGCUCGGACAGCACCAUCGAGGAUGGUCAGCAGCUCUUCCUGCGCUACGGCGGGCAUUCCAACAGAACGUUGUUCGUGGAGUACGGCUUCGUCAAUCGCUUCCCAUCGGACUCGAUAGCGAACGGUCACUUUCGCGGGAAUGGCCUCGGAAGGUCUCGUACGCGUAGCAACAUUGGAGACUGGCUGACGAACGCUUUACAAGAGGAAGGAUAUUGGGGCGAAUGGACUUUAGAUUCGGCGCCCGAGCCAGCACAUCCGUCGUACAGACUCAUUACAGCGCUGCGGCUGGUUCAACUCGUAUCCGCAUUGGGGCAGCCAUGGAGGGAUGUUCUGAGCGGUCGACGGGAGUCCAUAUCCGAAGAGAAUGAAAAGGGUUGGAGAGAUGCUUUGCUGAAGGUCUGUGAACGCACCAGUCGUCGCGCACGGACCGGGAUAGACAGGACAGUGCAAGAACUGGCUGGGGCAGAUGGUUGGGCAGCUUGGAUGCGGGAAAAUGUCUUGUACCUCUGGCGCGAAGAAGCGCAGGUGGCAGACGCUGUCGCACAAAGUUUGCGUGCAGGAGAAGUAUUCUGAGU